CCUGUCCCGGGAGUCCCCGCGCCGCGGCCAUGGCGCUGUGCGGGCGGGGCUGGGCGCGCUGUGCCCCCGGGCUGCGGCUCGGGGCCUUGCCCCGGCCCGGGCUCUGCGGGACCCGCGGCGUGCGGCGCUCCAACCCCUUCACCCGGCAGCAGGAGGAGGAGUGGCGGCGCCGGAACCGCUCGGCCGUGGGCUACAUCGCGGCGGCGGCCGUGGGCAUGGUGGGACUGUCGUACGCGGCCGUGCCGCUGUACCGCCUCUACUGCCAGGCCACGGGGCUCGGCGGCACGGCGGGCACGGGCGGCGGCGCGGAGCGCAUCGAGCGCAUGGAGCCCGUGCGGGACCGGCGCAUCAGGGUCACCUUCAACGCCGACACGCACGCCAGCAUCCAGUGGAACUUCAAACCGCAGCAGAGCGAGAUCUGGGUGGUACCAGGGGAGACAGCACUGGCAUUUUAUAAAGCAAAAAAUCCUACUGACAAACCAAUAAUUGGAAUCUCCACCUACAACGUUGUCCCCUUUGAAGCAGGACAGUAUUUCAAUAAAAUACAGUGUUUUUGUUUUGAAGAACAGAGGCUAAAUCCUCAGGAGGAAGUGGACAUGCCUGUCUUUUUCUACAUUGACCCAGAGUUUGCAGAGGACCCUAAAAUGGCUAAAGUUGACUUGAUCACCCUCUCUUACACCUUCUUUGAAGCAAAGGAAGGACAGAAGUUGCCUCUUCCUGGGUAUCAGUAACAUGCCUUCUCUACAAAAUGUGACUUUUGCUACAUCUGAAGGCCAGUUUUGAUGCCAUUUUUCCUUAGAAGAAAAAACUACAGGACUACUGUGCAGAAAUUAUAUUAGUAAACCUCCAAUGGCACAUGCUGUUACGAAAGUAUAUUUUUUUUUUUUGGAAGCCAACUUAAUGUAUCCCUGUUUCUUAGGGAUAGUAUUUCUUCAUCAGACAGUGGAAGGGAACACACUGUUUCUGAUAUAGAGAGGGUUUUCUCAGGCCGUCUUUUUAUAAGAUGUUACCUGAAUACCACAAGACAAUUUUUUAAACCAAUAUGUGAAGUAGUAUCUUCAUUUAAAUACAGAAGAAAAAAAUCAGUUGAUUCAGCAUCUAAACUUCCAUCGCUGGCUCUGGAAAACAACUUGCAUGUUAAGUUACUUUAGAAAAAGGUAAACCCAGAUAAUAAAUUAAGGUAAUCUCAUAACUAACAAAGUUAUACUGUUAUUUCUGUGUAAGCCUCCCUGGCACAGGAGAAGAUGAUGAUUCAGAAGGUGAUGCACCCUCUCAUGUUAUUACUGAAUCAGUAGUUCAUUUGGUAAGAGCAGACUGCUCUAAAGCUGUAAUUGUGAGAACAGUAAUUGAAGUGUAAGCACAUCAGAUCUGUGGGCUGGUUUCUGUUUGGGAACACCAUCUCAUUUCCAUGUUGUGUCCCCCUCACUGGAAGUGUCUGUCCUGUAAUGAGUGCUCUUUGCCUCUGCAGAGGGCUCUGCUCUGGGCACCUCCACAAGAGACAAGCUUGGCUUGUGUCUGACAUGCUUUGAGGGGAGGGCAGUGUAUAAACAACUGCUCUGAACUGCAGCUGAAUGAACAGCAUAGGUGUCUCCCCAAAAACCAAAAUCAGCAUUCAGAGGCUGAGUUGGCCAGAGCCUACCCAGCAGUGCAGCAGCUCCUCAGGGGGACACUCUGUUUACCAUCAGAACACAGAAGCCUGUAUUUAUGUAACUUUUGGUCAUUAUCUGUGGAGUAGGUCUAAUAACACAUUAUCACUGCCUUGUAAACCAGGAGCAAGUUGCAGAGCAAGUUCAAGUAACCUGCUCAUUUUCAGACAGAAAUUAGUAUCAGCCAGUAUCUCUUGUGCUGGGCCAGGUCUUUCUACUCCUUCCAGCAGAGAAGAUGUAACAAAGUAAGGCUGAUGUUGGUUAGCUGGGACUCUGAAAAGGCAAUGGGUACUUAAGAAACAACUUCCAGUUACUUAAGUCUCAAUUUUAUUUGCAUACAGUAACUCAAAAGCUGCUUUUUUGAAAAUAAAUGGAUGCUAUCUUUAAAAUGCAUUAUUGUACCAAUUACUGGUUUUGGUUAAACAGAUUCUGGAUGACAUACAGGUCUUCACUGUAUAUUAAAGAUUG